AUGGAUCUGACAAGCUUGAAGAAUACGGUGGCCAAUCUCACCCUAUACGAUAUCAAGGCAGGCGUACGAAAAGUGCAAAAUGCGGUGAUGAACUAUACCGAGAUGGAGGCCAAGGUGCGGGAGGCCACAAACAAUGAACCAUGGGGCGCAUCAUCUACACAGAUGCAAGAGAUUGCAGACGGGACAUUCAACUACCAAACCCUCAACGAGAUCAUGCCCAUGAUCUACAGGCGUUUUACAGAGAAGUCCGCUGAAGAAUGGCGCCAAAUAUACAAGGCUCUCCAGCUGCUCGAAUACCUGAUCAAGCAUGGCUCGGAACGCGUAGUUGAUGAUGCUCGUGCCCACAUCACAUUGCUCAAGAUGCUCCGUCAGUUCCAUUAUAUCGAUCACAACGGCAAGGACCAAGGUGUCAAUGUCCGGCAUCGCGCAAAGGAGCUUGUCGAACUUCUUAGCGAUGUUGACCGCAUCCGGGCUGAGCGCAAGAAGGCCCGCGCCAACAAGGGCAAAUUUACGGCAAUAGAGGGUGGUUCCGGUUUUGGCAGCAGCAGUCGCUAUGGAGGUUUCGGAAGUGAUUCCUACCGUGGCGGCAGCAGUUCCUCGUACGGUGGCUAUGCCGGUGGCGUCUACGGUGAUGGAGGUGGUUUUGGUGGGCAGACAGACGAGUGGCGUGGCAGUCAGUCGCGGGCCGACAAGUUUGAGGAGUAUAACGAGUUUGACGAGUCAGAGAGGCCAGCUGCCUCGUCUAGCUCCUCACGAGCGACCCGCGAGGCGGCUGCAGGCAAACGCCCCGCUGAACCAAAGAAGGAGCCCGAGGAGGAUCUGUUCUCCUUUGAUGAGCCCGCCGUCCCCGCCGCCUCCGCCGCUGCUCCAGCUCAGUCGUCUUCCUCUGCGCUCGCUGUGCUCGGUUCCACAGCCGACGAUGACGAAUUUGAUGAUUUCCAGUCUGCCGCACCUGCCACCCAGUCCGCUUUUACCUCUUCUAUUUCUCCCCAAACAACUACGGCAUCGUCCUUCGCUUCUCCGCUUGCGGCCCCCAAGCCUGUAUCAGCAUCUCAGCAAGCCAGCCUCAGCGGCCUCGCUGCCUUGACUUCUAUUUCUCCUCCUCCAAGCUCGACCGCUACGCCAUCUGCCAACUUUUCAGCAUUUUCGUCCCCUCUCUCUGCCAGUAACCUUUCCUCUCCGGUGCAAACCAAGCCUACUGGAUUCCAGCCCUCAACACCAAAUUACUUCUCGCCCGUGCAAACAGCAGCCGCUGCCCAGAAGCAGUCCACGGCCUCUUCUGGAGCUGGCUCCAAGCCUGGAGCGACGGCUGGUGGUGAUGCGUUUGGUGCUCUAUGGUCUCAGGCUAGUGCAGGCCUUAAAAAGAACACACCAAGUGGCCCUGGGCCAUCCAUGGGUCAGCUGGCCAAAGAGAAGAGUAGUGCGAGCAUCUGGGGCGCUCCGGCUCCGUCUUCGGCUGCCUCACAGCCUUCUACUAACAAUAAGCCCCUGGGAAACGGGCCUGACGACUUGCUUGGCUAG